AUGGCUGCUGGUCACCGCGAAACGGUCUUGCAUGUGGUUCGUGAUUGUCCAUUCGUGAAAUCCUUGUGGCAGCGAUUCCUCCCGGCAGGCCAUGGCGCGGAUUUAUUAUUUGAGCAGCCAUUGCGGCAGGGGUUUAUACGUAAUCUUACACAUGCUCGGUUGGGCUCGUACACGAACUGGGCUAGCCUAUUCUCUAUCGUGGUUUGGAAAGCAUGGGCAUGGCAAAAUGAUCGCAUAUUCAAUGGUCGUACCGUGGGUUGCGAGACGAGGCGGGUGGAGGUGCUAAAUCGUUUGCAGUCCUACAUUCAUUCCUCACGGAGUUUCGACAAAAUGGGAGCUGAAAUGGAUCGAUUCGAGUCUCGUUGA